AGAGGCAAGCAGGCCCGCAACCCCUGACGUCAGAGGCGGAAAAGCGUGUCCUCCAGGAAGAGGCGGAGCCGAGGGCAGGGCGUGAACGCUCAAUUUAGGAAUGGGUUUUGGAGUUCCAAGCUGCGAGCCAACAGUCUGCCUUCGGCUCGCGGGCCCUGCCAUGGGGCGCUCUGGAGCUCCGCUCUGCCCGGUACCUACCAGGGAGUAAGUCCAGUCCAGGCUUCGGCGACUCACCGGCCUCAUGGGGUCGCAGCCGCCGCCACCGGGGUCUCCGCUGUCUCGCGAGGAGGGUGAAGCGCCCCCUCUGGUGCCUGCCGAGGAGGGGAGGCGCCGAAGCCGUCGGGUACGCCUUCGCGGAUCCUGCCGCCACCGGCCGAGCUUACUGAGCCGGCGGGAGCUCGCUUCCAACGGCCCAGCGGUUCCUGCCACCGCGUCCUCCGAGAUAAUGGCCUCAGCUGCAAAGGAAUUUAAAACGGACAACUUUUCACCUAAAGCUGGCACUAGCAAAUUGCAGCAGACAGUACCAGCUGAUGCAUCUCCUGAUUCUAAGUGUCCUAUAUGCUUGGAUAGAUUUGAUAAUGUGUCUUACUUAGAUCGUUGCCUACAUAAGUUCUGUUUUCGCUGUGUACAAGAGUGGUCCAAAAACAAAGCCGAAUGCCCACUGUGUAAACAGCCCUUUGAUUCUAUUUUCCAUUCAGUGAGGGCUGAAGAUGACUUCAAGGAGUAUGUCCUGAGGCCUUCCUAUAAUGGUUCCUUUACUAACCCUGAGGUUCGAAGGUUUCGCUACCGGACAACUAUGACGAGAGAACGGAGCGCCUCUCUUUAUUCACCCAGUAGUACUGUAAGUAGGAGAACAACUACGCCACCAGAUAGUGGAGUGCUGUUUGAAGGGUUAGGCAUUUCGACAAGACCUAGAGAUGUUGACAUUCCUCAGUUUAUGAGACAAAUGGCAUUAAGGGGGCCAACUACUACAGAUGAGAGAUCUUUGCGGAAAAUUCAAGAACAAGAUAUUAUUAAUUUCAGGCGAACUCUUUAUCGUGCUGGUGUUCGAGUUAGAAGUAUUGAAGAUGGUGGCCGCUACAGGGAUAUUUCAGCUGAGUUCUUCCGUAGAAAUCCAGCUUGCCUUCACAGAUUAGUUCCUUGGUUAAAGCGUGAACUUACUGUGCUUUUUGGAGCCCAUGGUUCGCUAGUCAAUAUCGUCCAGCACAUCAUCAUGAGUAAUGUUACUCGCUAUGAUUUGGAGAGUCAGGCAUUUGUGUCUGACUUAAGACCAUUUUUGCUUAAUCGAACUGAGCAUUUUAUACAUGAAUUUAUCAGUUUUGCUAGAUCUCCCUUCAAUAUGGCAGCUUUUGACCAGCAUGCUAAUUAUGAUUGCCCUCCUUCAUCUGAAGAAGGCAGCCGUUCAGAUUCAUCAGUCAUUACAAUAUCACCAGAUGAGGCUGAAACUCAAGAGCUAGAUAUGAAUGCAUCUACUGUUAGGCAGGCACCAUGGGAUGACGAAACUCCUGGACCAUCCUAUUCAAGUUCAGAGCAAGUGCAUGUUGGCGUGUCUUCCCUUUUAAAUUCUUCAGACAGUUCAGAUGAAGAACUUGUCUCUGGAGGAACCACAUCUCAGAUACAAGGGGUACAGACCAAUGACGAUGUCAAUAAUGACAGUGAUUCAUCGUCAGAUAAUUGUGUCAUUGUUGGGUUUGUUAAGCCGUUAGCUGAAAGGACCCCAGAACUUGUUGAGCUGUCUUCUGAUUCUGAGGAGUUGGGCCCUUAUGACAAAGUGGAGACAGUGAAGACUCAGGAGCAAGAGCAGUCUUACAGUUCAGGUGACAGUGAUGUUAGCCGGGCGUCAUCUCCACGCUCUGUCCUUGGAAAAGAUGAACAAAUGAGUAAAAGCCAUUGUGAUUCUGACACAAGAGUAAACUCAAAGAAAGAAGAGAAACGAUCUACAUCAUUGCCAGCUCCCAGGGACAGCUCAUCUACAAGAGGUGACAGGGCAUGUUCCCCAUACAACCAUCGACACAGGAAGGGAGGAAGGUCGAGGAGUUCUGAUUCCCGGUCCCAGAGUAGAAGUGGCCAUGACCCGAGGAAUCACAGAAAGCACCAUGGGAAGAAAAGAUUGAAGAACAAGAGAUCCAGAAGCAGGGACAGUAGUAGCAGGCCGAGAGCAAGAAAGGACAAAAAGAGAUCCAGAACUAGAGAUAGCAGCUGGUCCCGGAGAAGCCAGACACUUUCUCUAAGUAGUGGAAGCACCAGUAGAUCGCGGUCUCGUAGCAGUGAUCGUGGCAAAAGAAGAUCACGAAGCAGAAAUCGAGAUCGCUAUUAUUUAAGAAAUAAUUAUGGAAGCAAAUAUAAGUGGGAAUAUACUUACUACAGCAGAAACAAGGACAGAGAUGGUUAUGAGUCAUCAUACAGGAGGAGGACUCUUUCAAGAGCCCAUUACUCUAGACAGUCUUCAAGUCCAGAAUUUAGAAUUCAGUCUUUUUCUGAAAGAACAAAUGCGAGGAAGAAGAAUCACAGUGAAAGGAAAUACUACUACUAUGAAAGGCGCCGCUCCAGGAGCGUGUCCAGUAACAGGUCGAGGACUACAUCCGCUGGGCCCGACCGGGUGAGAAAUGAGAAACCUGGAGGGAAACGCAAGUACAAAACCCGGCAUUUGGAAGGUACCAGUGAAGAGGCUCAGCCGGCUCGGGAGUUCACUUCCAAAGGGAAGGACAGUCAUUACCAAAAAUCAAAAUUGGAUGGCAGUUAUAAAAAUGAGAGUGACAGUUUUUCAGAUAGCAGAUCAUCAGACAGAGAGACAAAACACAAGAGGAGGAGGAGGAGGACCCGGAGCCUAAGUGUAGAGAUAGUUUAUGAAGGAAAGGCUACGGACACAAGCAAACACCAUAAGAAGAAAAAGAAGAAACAUAAGAAGAAGCAUAAGAAACACCAUGGAGACAAUACGUCACGGUCACCAGUGGUUAUAACCAUCGACAGUGACAGCGAUGGAGACUCUGAAGUGAAGGCAGGUAUUGAAUGUAGCAAUGGCAGUCUUCCACAGCCUAUACAAGAUGAAGCAUUUGAAACUAAAGAUGUUGUCACAAUCGAAGAUGAGCUUGGUGUCCUGGACAAGGACUGCGAUGUUACAGCACUUACUGAUGACUUGAGUACCAGCCAAACUGUGGAGAAUUGUGAAUCACCGGCAGUCCCAGUUGAACAAACUCUUGAUGUAAGAGAAGAAAGCACCUUUGCCUCUGAUUUGGAGAGCCAGUCAAGUAAUGUGUCUGUUCAGGCUGAACCAUUGAGACCAGUGCCAUCUCCACGGACCUCCCUGUCAUCAGUGUCUCCUGGUAGAGACUGUGAUGUGUCUUAAGACUGACAGAGCACCUCCUCGAUAAUCAGAGGCUGUAGGGAAAAGGUAAAGAGUCAUCUAUUGCCGUCUAGAUGACUUCCUGGAAAAACUUUGCCUCUUAAAAUAUUUUAACUGUGUGUGUGUUAAUUUGUAAAAUUCAUUAUUUGUUCAAAAAGUUAUGUAUGUCCCAUUCCCAGAUAUGCACUUUUAAGUGAAGAAAAUGUUGCUAGCUGUUUAUUUAAAACUUGGGAAACUUUUUAAAUAAAAAUCAAAAAAUUUAGAAGUUAUUUCAUAAAGCCAUAUGGUAUUGACAUAUUUUUAUGGUAGUAUUUUUGAAUUUUUUUUGAGAGUUAUUCUGGAAGUGUGUUACAAGCUAGGAGAAUGCUUUUGGACAGUUAUUUUUCAUAAAAGAUUUGUAUGAUUCAAAACCAUUUCUUAGACUGAAGUAAGUCGUUUUAAUCUGCACAGGUUAUCUUGGCUUCCGCCAAAAGCAAAGUUUAGUAUUUUCUUUAUAUACUUGGUUAUCUGGACUGGCAAUAAGACAAAUGUGUAUUCAACAAAAGACAAUAAAACUGUACACUCUAAAAAAUUCA